GUCAUCGACUCAGUUCAUCCGUCCUUUGAGAGACCGCCGCUUGGUUUAGCGCUGGAGGGUUUCGAAGAGGAAGAGGGAGAGGAGGAAGAUGGGGUCCAGGACGGGUCUGGUCGAGGAGCUGAUCGAGAGGAACUGCGGUGUCGCCGUAAUCGACGGAGGCCUCGCGACGCAGCUGGAGGCGCUCGGCGCCGACAUCAACGGUCCCCUCUGGAGCGCCCGCUGCCUCAUCUCAGAUCCCCACCUCAUCAAACAGGUUCAUCUUCAGUACCUUGAAGCAGGUGCUGAUAUACUGGUGACAUCAUCUUAUCAGGCGACAAUUCCUGGAUUUUUGUCCAAAGGUUUCUCCAUUGAAGAAGGAGAGUUGUUACUUCAACAAAGUGUCAAACUGGCCCUUGAAGCCCGAGAUAAUUUUUGGAAACUCAAUGCUGACAACUACUAUAUUCGUGCUUUGGUGGCAGCUUCAAUUGGGAGCUAUGGAGCUUAUCUUGCAGAUGGUUCAGAAUAUAGUGGGCAUUAUGGACCAGAUAUGAACUUGGAGAAACUGAAAGAAUUUCACAGGCGACGAUUGCAAGUUCUUGUAGAUGCUGGCCCAGAUUUGCUGGCAUUUGAAACCAUUCCUAAUAAGCUUGAAGCACAGGCAUUAGCUGAGCUUCUUGAUGAAGAAAACAUCCAAAUUCCAUCUUGGAUCUGUUUCAGCUCUGUGGAUGGUGAACAUAUGUCUUCUGGAGAGGACUUUAAAGAAUGUCUUGACAUAUUAAAUAGGAAUGAAAAAGUCAACAUUGUUGGGAUAAAUUGUGCAUCACCACAGUUUAUAGAGAACCUUAUUCUUAAAUUUAAAAAGUUAACAAACAAACUGUUGGCUGUUUAUCCAAACAGUGGUGAAGUGUGGGAUGGUAGGGCUAAAAGAUGGCUGCAACCAGAGCGUGUCGGUGAAAAGAGCUUUGAAUUUCUUGCAAAAAGAUGGCAUGAAUGUGGUGCUAGUCUUAUUGGAGGAUGCUGUCGAACAACACCUUGCACCAUACGAUCGAUUUCCAAGUUGCUAAAGAACAUGUCCUGACUAAUUUUUGGAUCUAACGGAUUCGAGGGAUAGCAUGAAAUUUUCAGUGUCGACGAUGGGAACUCUUCUAUACUCAACAUUGUCAGCAGUAGUUCAAUCGAACUUCAAAAAAGGUCGAGAAAAAGAUGUAGUCAUCAGAUGCUGAUCAAUGUCAACUCUCGGCAGUUUUCCUCAGAUGGUAACGGUCAUUACUUGCAAUUAUAUUUUGAUUAGCAAUUAAUAUUUAUUUAACAGUGAUCUCAAUUCCCAUGUAACCUAUUAUUACUUGUUGCAUAAACCAGCUGUAACACAUUUGCCCUCACCUACUUGGAUAUAUAACACAUAUAUGUCCCUCCAUUAUUAACA